CUCUCGCUCUAGGCCCCUACCCAUAAGAAACUUCGUCACGGUCUACUCUUUCUCCGUCCUAGCAAAAUCCUCCCCGUACUGAGAGCCAAAGAAACAACAAAGGCAGGAGGCCGGCGAACUACGCGAGGAAAAUUUCGUUUCCCGGGAGGAAGUCGGGAGUCGAGACACGCGCGGGUCAAAAUCGCCUCCGUCGCUGCUGUUGCUGUCGGAGGCGAGCAGGAAGGGGAAAGAACGAGCUUGGAGCCUUGGACAGCUCAAGAAGAGGGGACGGGGAGGCGGCAGCCUGUGAGAAGGCACGUGACACGUGAAGGAGCCCAAGCGAGGGUAGGGAGGAACCGAAUCGAGACAUGGACUCGGAGCACUGGAUCUCGCGCCUGGCCGCCGCCAAGCGUUACUACGCGGCGCAGCUCGGCCACGUCGACGAUGUGCCCGGGAUAGGGACGGAGGAGGUGGAGAUGGAGAUUGAGGACGACGGGGGCUUGGAGAUGGAGAUGGAGAUGGCGCUGGGGCUCGGGGACGCGACGUGGCCGGAUGUCGCCUGCCCCUACUGCUACGAGGACCAUGACGUCGCGUCCCUCUGCGUCCACCUCGAGGAGGACCACCCCUAUGAGCCCCACUCCGCGCCCUGCCCCAUUUGCUCCCAAAGGGUUACAAGAGAUAUGCUUAACCAUAUGACCAUGCAGCAUGGUUACCUGUUCAAGAACGGUCACAGGUCUCGCAGAUACAUUAUUCCCGAGAGCCAUGCAAUUUCUGCAUUGAGCCGAGAUCUACGGGGUACUCAUUUACGGGCUCUUCUAGGGGGUGGUCAUGGCCACAGAUCAAGCAAUGCAGUGACUACAAACAUUUCCAGCGAUCCUCUUCUUUCGUCGUUUGGCCUGGGCUUCUCACCAUCAGAUGCACCAGAACCAUCAAAAUCGGCGUCUUCUAUUCCAGAUGGCGCCUCAAUACGUAAGGAGACACCGGUUCAGCCUUGGGAGUCGAGUAUUGAUUCAUCUCUCACAAGCGAGGAAAGGGAGCAAAAGCGGAAACAGGCCACCGGCAGAGCAACCUUUGUGCAAGGCCUAGUGCUCUCCACUCUAUUUGGAGACUGAUUGUUCGAAACAGCUCUAGGUUCUUGCACAUGCUAGUUCGGCGCUUACUCCUGCCUGGUCCGCAUAGUCAGAUAGUGCUCCGCCCGGUUUGGUGCAUCUAACUCUGAUGGCGGGGAAAGUUCGCCUCAGGAAACUUAGCCGCGUUCUUCUUUGUUUCAGAAAAGUGCGCAGUUGAUUCUAUCGUGAUAUAGCUUGAUUUAAGCUAGCUGUUGUACCGUUGUUUUUACCAAUUUACCAGCCAGUAAUUCUUAUCUGUUAGCUCACUGGCAGAUCGUGUUUGCACCAACAUACAUAAUAACCUGUAACAUGUACUUACACAAAGCAAGAAAGGCGCUUGUUCGAGCGCACAUUCUUCUUGUUGUAAGACCAGUUAAG